AUGGAUUCAUUACGAAUAGAACCCUGCAAAGGAUGUCCAUCCAAGUGUCUCGAGAAUGGUUGCGGAAAACCGGGGAAAAAACGAAGGAGAAAGUUUUUACGUUUCAAGAAGAUGUUCAUGAAAGAAAAGCCGAGUAAUUGCCUGAAAGAGAAACCCGUCGAAGUGAAAUUGACUUUGUGGGAAGAGUUGUUUGGACCAGAUCCCAAAAGGUCCUGGCCAGAUCCUUGCACUUGUCGGAUCGCUAAUUACCAAAGAAAGCAGCAGCGGCAAGUGGAUCCCAGACUCCUCGACCCACGGUACCAGGAAACCGCCGGGGACGUUUUCUUGUACACCGAAUUGCUGAAAACAUGUCGAGGUAGCUGCCUGGAACCGCAACCGACACCACCACCUCAGUUCAAGCUACCGAAAGCGGUUAUCUGCAAGAUGAUUAACAAAGGUUAUGAGGAAAAAGCCAUUGAUGAAGCUCAUGAAAAAGUAGGUGAUCCAUUAGGAGACAAGUAUCUGACACAGCAGUAUAGGAUUCCGUAUGACGAAUUGAGACCGCCGAAGCAAUGGAAGCAACCGGUUAAUUGUCCAGACGGAAUUCGACCGCAGGACGUCGUUCCUGCGACGGUUCAGCAGGUCUAUUCGCAGCUAGGAUUGCAAACAAAAGAGAAUAAACUUUCCAAAGAAGUUCAAGCGAAUACUUCUCAGACGGGAGAUAAAGGUUUAGCAGAAAGUGUUGGUAGACGUUCUAGGGUUGAGCAGCUGAAGAUGAUGAUCCACCUGAAGGAUGCAUCCCAAUGCAUAUUGAAAUGA